AUGAGUAUUUCUGUGUCUCAAACAGACAGUUUAAUGGACGAUAUAAUAUCUGUUAAAAUAACAGAAUUAAAGCCUCAUAAGCUGGUUACAUUAUCCGCUCAAAUCAAAGAAAAACCCAGUGAAAUAUUUAUAUCUAAUGGAUGGUAUAAAGCUGAUAACAAUGGAGAUGUGGACCUUGCUAAAGAUGCUUCAUUAAAUGGUACAUACACUGGAAUAAAUCCAAUGGGUUUUCUGUCCAGUAUGGUUUCUGGUUGUGAUUCAGAUGGGACUCUGGCUCUCCACAAAUCAGAUGUAACUCAACCACAUAAAGUGGAACUCUGUGUUUAUGAUGGGCAUAAACUUUUAAAAGAAUUGUUAUCAGAAGCAUUGAAACCAAUCAGCUCUAUAGUGAUCAAUCGAUGGUAUUUGAAACCUAAUGUUCGCAGAUUGGAAGUGAAUGAAGGAAAAAUCAGAGGCACUCUCUUUAUUCCGGCUGGGAAUUCCACACAUCCUGGUAUCAUAGACUUGUACGGGUCCUCAGGAAGACUAAAAGAGACACGAGCAGCCUUAUUGGCUUCUAGAGGGUUCACCACUCUAGCUUUAGCUUAUUUCCAGUACUUAGACUUACCGUCCACUCUAGCUGAAGUUGAUUUUAGUUAUUUUGAAGAAGCUGUUAGUUGGUUUAAACACCACCAUAAUGUUCAACCAGGAGGGGUGGGGGUUGUAGGCUUAUCUAAAGGUGGUGAAUUUGCUAAUCUAAUGGCUAGAUACAUUCCAGAUAUCAAAUGUAUUGUUAACAUCAAUGGGGCACCAUUUUUAUCAUUUUUUAAUUUAAAAAGAAAUGGUAAAUUAUUCCAGAAAGCUGUAGAAAUUGACUCUUCGAAUAUUUUAGUCGAGAAUAAUGCGUUUACCUUAAAGAACGCCUAUCAAUGUUGUAACAGUGAUAUUAUUCCAUUAUGGGAGACAAAGGUUAAAACAUUGGUUAUCACUGGGCAGGAUGACAGACAAAAUAACUCAGAAUUUUAUCAGAACUUGAGUGACCUGUACCCAAGUGAUAGGAAAGAGAACUUAACUAUACUGAGUUACCCUAAUGCAGGGCAUCUUAUACAACCUCCCUUUACACCUCUUACUACCAGUACUUACGGUGCCAAUUUCUCUGGAAUUAUUCUAGUCAAUGGUGGCACCAAUCCUGGACAUUCUCAUGCACAGACUGGUGCCUGGAAGAAAAUGCUUAAGUUUCUGAAUGAAAAUCUGAACACUUCUAAAAGUCAGUUAUGA